CAGCAUGAUAUUUAUAGUCAUCAAGGUGUGAAGGUUUGAAGCUUGCCAAAAUUUAGUAUUACAGAGUAGUAUUUAUAAUAAAAAUUAGUGCCCUAAAUUUAUGGAGAUAAGGUGAUAAUUAUGCCAAAUAGCACCUCACAAUUGUUGUGCGAUAGAUAUGUAGACGAUCACAGGCUAUGAUGGAGCGAUUCCUUGCAGUUAUACGUGAUGUUGACAGUGCCACUCCGCGUUCUUAUUCUUUUUAUCAUCAAAACGGCUUUUCAUUAAUAUAGAGCAAGCAGUUCGGCUGAGUUUCUCGUUUCUCUCUAGGGCUUCGGCCGCUUGGAGUUUUUUUCCGUCUUCGAUUUUAAUCGAAGGACGGCCGCUUUUUCCGUCUUCGAUUUUAAUCGAAGGACGGCCGCUAUUUCCGUCUUCGAUUUUAAUCGAAGGACGGCUGCUGUUGUUGGUGCUUCAUACUCGAAGGGCGGAUUUGCUGUCAUGGCUCGAGGAGAUCGGCAUUGUGGUCAAGGUUCGAGGAUGAUGUAUUGCUGUCGUCGUUGGAGAAGAUCGGCGCCGCCUAUCCGUUUACUCUGGUUGCAUGAAGCAGGGAUGAGUUUGGUUAUGCAGGGACGGAGGAUUGAUGCGUGGCCUUUGGCAGACAAAGGUCACGGAGUAUCAAUUAGCAUGGUACUGGUGGUAAGACCUCCUCCUGAACCACCACCAUGGGAUGUACGAGGUGCUAGAGUUCGUGAACGCUUUUCUUGUAGUUUUUAUCUGUUUGUUAUUUGUUUUCUUGUGUCCACUUUUGUUGUUGGUUUUGACAGUUUGUUUGAGUUUUUUGCCUCUCUUUAUGUCAUUGGGUAUGGUUGGAUCUAUGGGAAUAGGUUUGGCUGUGUCAAGCCCACUACAUGGUUAGCGAUUCGUGUUGCUCUCUCAGGGGUGACCGUCUCAAAGUCUCACCAUAGGGUUACAGUCGUAGUUGUUGAAGUUUCAGUUGGUGUCAGUUUUAUUUUCCUUUUGCUUGAUUUAAUGAUCCUGAAUCUUUUGAUAUGAAUAGAGGCCCGUUUGAUGAUAAAAAAAAAUUAAUAUAGAGCAAGCAUGCAAGAUAAA